UUCUCUUCUUCAAACCCAUCUCUUCUCUCUCUCUGCUAAAACCUCCCUUUUAUACCCCUUCUUUCUCCCUUCCUCCCUUUUCUUCUCCAUACGGAGAUGCCCAUUUUUACAUCUCCCCACAUUCUGUACUAAUCUGUACCUUCUUCCCCUGUUUCUUGGCCUUUUCGCUUUUGGGUUCUAUCCAGAUCCCCGUUUUCCCCGACCCCUUUUCCCAAAUUCCCCAACUGGCCACUUAAUUUCAUUUUCCCCUCCAAUUCCAACCAAUUUCUGGAGGUUUAAUGGGGAUUGAGAGGUCUCUGGCCGAUCGCAAAGGGAAACAGUUUUGUGAAUUGCCUAAAGAAACGACUACGAAUAACAGGUCCAGAAGGAACCGGCGCCGGUUGAGGAAGUCCUCCUCGCCGUUGCCGGUUCAGAAACUCUAUGAAACUUGUAAGGAAGUUUUCGCUUCUAGUGGGACUGGAAUCAUUCCCUCUUCUGAGGAUAUUGAACGUCUACGAGCUGUUCUGGAUAAAAUGGAGCCAUUAGAUGUUGGGUUGUCGGCGGAGAUGCCGUAUUUUCGGACGACAGCCGAUCAACGAACUCCUCCUAUAACAUAUUUGCACCUCUAUGAGAACAGCAAAUUCUCUAUGGGAAUAUUUUGCUUGCCUCCUUCAGGUGUCAUUCCACUUCACAACCAUCCUGGAAUGACAGUCUUCAGCAAGCUUCUCUUUGGGACCAUGCACAUCAAAGCAUAUGACUGGGUGGAGGUCGCUGCUGAGAAUGGUGCAUCUGCACUUGUUGACACGUCUAGUGGCACAGCUCCUUCAAGAAGUGUUCGGUUAGCCAAAGUUAAGGUAGACGCAGACUUCACGGCACCGUGUGACUCGUCCAUUCUUUACCCUGCAGAUGGAGGAAACAUGCAUUGCUUCACGGCUGUGACUGCGUGUGCAGUGUUAGAUGUGCUCGGCCCACCUUACUCUGAUCCCGAUGGUCGGCAUUGCUCGUACUACCUCAACUUUCCCUUCACUGAAUUUUCAGUGGAUGGGGUUUCAGUCCCAGAAGCGGAAAGGGAAAGCUACGCAUGGCUUGAAGAAAGAGAAAAGCCUGAAGACUUAGCUGCAGUUGGGGCAAUGUACGAAGGUCCAAAGAUAGUAGAGAAUCGAUGAACUCUGGAAACAAAUCUUCUUCAUUCCAUACAAUGCUGUCAUAGACUGCUUCCAUUUCUGUGCAGCAUAGAAUCUUUGUUUACUUUCUACUUCAAGGAAAAGAAAAAAAGAGAGAAAAAGAAAAACAAAAGAAGCUUCUUUCAUUGAUCUUUCUUCUUUGUGGAACAUGAAUUAGGUGCUUUUUUCCCCCCCCCUCUUGUUACUGUUUUUAAUCAUCUUUUGUAUGUACAUAGUCAAGUUAGAAAGGGACAAGUAAAAAGGACUUUGAAUUUGUUAUGUUC